GCCACCAGGGAAGCCGUCACAGACACAUUUUGAAAAGUGAAUUUAGUGAGUGCUACCCACGGAACACUUGUGAGGUGAGCUAGUGGAUACCAGAAGGUCUCAGGUCAAGACAUGCCGUAUUGUAGAGACUGCGGGGGCGGGAGGGUGUUGAGAAGACUCUGAACACUGUGUCUACCUUCCAGCAGAAGGAAGGGAGCCUGAGCUGUCAGGUGACCCAAGGGUGCAGGAUCUGGUCGGUCCUGUUCACCUCUCUGAUCUUCAGCACCAACCAUAGCAUCUGGUACGGAGCAGGCGUUGCAACAAGAUCUGUCAUUAAAUGAAUAAAGCGUCUCCCAAGCUCUGGAACAGAGGGAAGUUGGGCCUGGUGUGGCUCUGGAUUAGAAGAUGAGAUGGGCCCCUCUCUCUGCCUGUUCACACGGGUCCUUGGAGGGCACGCCCUUCAUCAUCACCUGGCCUGGCGGCUGGAUGGAGUGAGAGGCACAGAGGGAGAGAAGUGAGGGUGAGCUGGAUUUUUCUCGGCCGUCAGUUCCUGGAAACCCAGGUCGGGCCUCCACAGCCUGGUUGGUGCCCCAUCUGGCCUGAUUCAUUUCGAGCCAUACACUGAGAGGCCUGGCGUCACUGGGCCCAUCGCAGUCCCGCCCAAACUGGGCAUGCCUCUCAGCUAGUCCCCCAUCUCAGGCACGCUCCCUGCAGAGGACUUGGCCUGGGCACCUCGUCAGUCUGACCUGCAGGGGUUCAUCUGCCCCCCCACCCCCGGCCUCUGCAUCAGUCGGCUAUGGGAUGGGACAUCCUGUUCUGACUCAAAAAGGAACCCUCCUUCUUCUGCCUUCCUGACUCACUUCCUCCUUUUGCUGGCCGUCUUACAGCACGGCAUGGGCGCUGGAGCCCAACAGACCCGGGCCUGCCCCUGACUGCGCCUCAGUAGCUGUCUGACUUGGGCAGGAGAGCUGGCCCUUCUGAGCCUCAGUUUCCCCAUCUGUAAGGUGACGCGGUCGCCCCUGCCUUGGUGGUUGGUGGUAAUGGAUGCACUGCACCUGCCCAGCGCCUGGCACCCAGCAGCCCCUGCAGGUGCCAUGACUCAGCAACCGCAGGAGGGCUUCGCCAGGAGCAUGGGGGACGCCCAGGAGUGGAUGAAGGCUGUGCAGGAGCGGCUGCAGAUCAAUGACAACACCCAGGGGCCCCGCGCAGCCCUGGAGGCCAGGCUGCGGGAGACCGAGAAAAUAUGCCAGCUAGAGCCAGAGGGCCGCGUGAAGGUGGACAUGGUGCUGCGGGCGGCCGAAGCCCUCCUGGCAUGCUGCCAUGAGGACCAGAAGCCCGAGAUCCUGGCCCGGCUGAGGGACGUCAAAGCGCAGUGGGAGGAGACGGUCACCUACAUGACCCACUGUCACAGCCGUAUUGAGUGGGUGUGGCUGCACUGGAGCGAGUACCUGCUGGCCCGGGAUGAGUUCUACCGCUGGUUCCAGAAGAUGACGGUGGUGCUCGAGCCCCCCGUGGAGCUGCAGCUGGGCCUGAAGGAGAAGCGCUGGCAGCUGAGCCACGCCCAGGUGCUGCUUCAGAACGUGGACAAUCAGGCCACGCUCCUGGACCGGCUGCUGGAGGAGGCGGCCUCCCUGUUCAACAGGAUCGGGGACCCCAGCGUGGACGAAGCCGCGCAGAAGAAGCUGAAAGCCGAGUACGACGCGGUGAAGACCAAAGCCCAGAACAGAGUGGACCUGCUGGAGCAGGUGACCCAGGAGCAUGAACAUUUCCAGCUGAGCGUGGACGAGUUCCAGCUGUGGCUGAAGGCGGUGGUGGAGCGGGUGCACGGCUGCAUGGGGCGCAAGUGCCGGCUGAGCACCAAGGACCGUCUCUCGGCGCUGCAGGACAUCGCCAGCGACUUUCCCAGGGGCGAGGAGUCUUUGCGGAGGCUGGAGGAGCAGGCCGGGGGCGUCAUCCAGAGCAGCUCCCCUCUGGGUGCAGAGAAGAUCACCAGAGAACUGGAGGAGAUGCGGAAUGUUCUGGAGAAGCUGCGUGCACUCUGGGAGGGGGAGGAGGGGCGGCUGCGGGGCCUGCUCUGGUCCAGGGAAGCCUACGAGCAGCAGAGGAGGCAGCUGGAGGCCGAGCUGGCAGAGUUCAGGAAGGGCCUUCAGAGGCUGGCGGAGGAGGACCUGGAACCCGCGGCCAAAGCAGGGACCCAGGACGAGCUGGUGGCCCGCUGGAGACUCUACUCGGCCACGCGGGCGGCGCUGGCCGCGGAGGAGCCUCGGGUGGACCGUCUGCAGGCCCGGCUGAAGGAGCUCAUCGUGUUCCCCGAGGACCCGCAGCCCCUCGCGGGCAGCGUGGUCUCUGCCAUCCAGGAGCACCAGAGCAUGAAAGCCAAGAGCAGCAGGCUACGUAAUGCCGCGGGCGUGGACCUGUGGCGGCAUUUCCAGCGGCCCCUGCAGGAGCUGCAGCUGUGGAGGGCUCUGGCCCAGAGGAUCGUGGACGUCACCGCCAGCCUGCCGGACCCGCCCUCCAUCCACACCUUCCUGCCGCAGAUUGAGGCGGCCCUGGCGGAAAGCUCCCGCCUGAAGGAGGAGCUGACGAUGCUGCAGCUGAAGAAAGACCUGCUGGGCGGCAUCUUUGGCCAGGAGAGAGCCACGGCCCUGCUGGAGCAGGUGGCAACUUCCGUGAGGGACAGAGACUUACUGCACAACCGGCUUCUGCAGAGAAAGAGCAAACUGCAGAGCUCACUCGCUCAACACAAAGAUUUCGGAGAUGCUUUUGAUCCCCUGCAGAGAAGGCUCUCAGACCUCCAAAUCAGGGUCCGUGCUGAGAAUGGGCUUCAGCGGGACCUUCCUGGGAAACAGGCCCAGCUUUCGAGGUUGCAGGGGCUACAGGAGGAGGGACUGGACCUGGGGAUGCAGAUGGAGGCCAUGAGGCCUCUCGUCCAGGGGAACUCCCACCACCAGCACAGAAUGGACCAGCUCUCCUCUGACCACCAGACCCUGCACAGGUCUCUGGAGGACCUUGUGGACACGUGCCGGCAGAGCGUGCGGGAACAUUGCACCUUCAGCCACGAGGUUUUGGAGCUGCGACAGUGGAUCUCCAUGCUCACGCAGAAGCUGGAGGCCCACCGCAUGGACACGGGCCCAUGGGAUGCCCAGUCCCGAGAGGUCAAUGUCGAGAAACUGCUGGACGAAUUCCCCGCGAAGGAGGCCCAGCUGCCCCUGGUUGAAGCACGCGGCCGGCUGGUGAUGGAGAAGUCUUCUCCGGAGGGGGCUGCUGUGGUCCAGAAGGAGCUUCAGGAGUUGGUGGAGUCUUGGGGGGCCCUGAGGCUGCUGAGGGGAAGCCUGCUGAGCCUCAUCAGAAACCGGCAGCUGCAGAGGAUGGAAGUGGAUUCGGGGAAGAAACUGAUUUUCGCCAACAACAUCCCAAAGACUGGGUUUCUCAUCACCCCCAUGGAUCUUAUUUUCCGACACCACCGUCAGACAAAUGUGCUUCAGGAGGAGAAAGACAGCUGUGAAGAUUUCUCCCAGCUCCUGAGGAGCUUUGAGCACUGGUUGCAGGUGGAUAAUUCCAAGUUGGUUAGAAUCAUCGCCAUGAGAACUGCCACCGCCAAGGACCUGAGGAGCAGAGAAACAAAACUGCAGGAGCUGGAGGCUCGGGUACCAGAAGGUCAGCAUCUCUUUGAAAACCUCCUUCGUCUCAGGCCAGCGAGGGGGUCCUCAGAUAAGCUGGAGGAUCUGCGCUACCGGUGGAUGCUCUACAAGUCCAAACUAAAGGACUCCGGCCACCUGCGUACGCAGAAUUCUCCAGGGGAGCCGACUGGAUUCCAAAAGAUAUGUACUGAGCACUGACUUUGUACCAAGCACUGUUUCAGGCUUCAUUUAGAAACAAAUCAAUGUGUGAAAGUUUGAGUUCGGUGCUGGCUGGCUUUUGAGCUCAUGGGUCUCAGCCCCCCGUGAAGAAGCAAGCAACUGGGAAGCCAAUCUGCAGAGGCCAUCUGGGGUUCCUUUAUAUGAGCUUGUUUCAGCACAGAUUUCUGGGUCCCACAUCCAGAGUUUCUGAUGCAUUAGGUCUGGGGGGAGGUUGCCUAGGAUCUGCAUGUCCAUCGAGCUCCCAGAUGACGCUGUUGCCGCUGGCCUGGGGACCAGACUUUGAGAACCGCUGCUGUACGCUCUGGAUCUGAGUCCAGGAUCCACCAUCAGUGUGUGUGACCGUUGGCGAGUCACUUAACCAGGGUUUUCCAAGGAAUAAAAUGCGGGUCCGCUGAACUAACAGUUCUUAUCGUAAACCAGCAGAUUCUUAAUUGCCAUGUAAAUGAGGACCGAGGAGGGGUCUGCAGUCACUGCCUCUGCUUCCCUUCCUGAUGGCAGAGGGAUAGUGCCGCUUCUGGGGGGAGCAGUGGGGGGGCUCCUCCCGCUGGUGCGGCUCUGGUGUUGUUUGGCUGGGAGGGGUGCGCACAUGCGUGCGUGGGGCUCCGCACAUACACACGCAGGUCUGACAGGUAGAAAAUAGGUGCUGUUUUCCGAGGUUGUAAUCUUGCCAACUUAAAAACAUUCCAUAUAUUAGUUUUAGUCCAAAGGGAAGGGGGGGAAAAAAAAGAAAACCCUGCCCCAAAGCUGAUUAUUUAUGAGCAGUUGGCUCUCCACACUUUUUUUCUCUCCACACACCAAGCCACUGAAAGCUCCAACUACGUCAGUGGCUUCAGCCUGCUUGUUUAUAUAAACAGAAUAAUUAAGAUUUAUUAAAUUUGCAGCUGCCUACACACUGGCCAGCUCAGUGCCACCGGAUACGUCUGCUUGAAGCAAUCAGACACAUGAAAUGUCAUUGCUUUUCAAGCUGCUGUUGGGCUGUGAGUCGACUGAAUUCCUGCGCUGGUACAGGGAAGGGGUCCUACCUGAGACAGCCUGUUAGUUGAGGAGUAGAUUUGCCAAUGCUUGCCUUUGCCGGCGUGCACUGGGCGGGGCCACAUGCCCGUGUGCAGGCAUGGAGAGCAGAUUCCUCCCGGGCGUCCCAUGCUGUGGCCUCUGGGUGACGGGUCCAGAUGGUGAGAGGCUCGAGAGUGGCAUUUUAUUCACAGGUUUUAGACUCAUAAUUAUUCACAUUUUCACCUCUCGGGAAUGGGGUGUCCUAUUACAAUCUAGUUUUUCCAGCGAAGACUGGGGCUUACUUUUUUCUGCCACCCGGGACACUUUCCACCUGAGAUUUCUUUAAAUUAAAAUCUCUCCUUGGAGGUUGA